AAGAUGAAAUGUGUGUGUAUGCAAAUGUAAAAAUGUGUAUGCAGUAUGUGUCUGUAUUCAUGUUUGUGUGUACAUGUUCGGUAUCUAUACGGAUGUAUACAUGUCCCAUAACUUCUUCUGUUUGUGAACUGUGCCGUGAUUUUAAUGUUGUGUUUUCCUAGGCUCCAGCUGUGUUGUAGUCAUGGCUGCCUGAGGGACUGCUCCCUGGCUGUGUGGAUCUGGAGCCCCCUCUGAUAUCAUGCUGAGAGUUGGGCCAGCGGCCACCACUCUACUCCUGCUGCUGUCAUACUGCUGCUGCCACCUGUGUCACUCUCUGGGAAUCCCUAAACUGUCCUCCUAUGCCAAGACAGAGGACAAACUGUUCAAGAACCUCUUCAGAAACUACCAGAAAUGGGUGAGGCCUGUGGAAUACCUCAACGGCACAGUACGGGUCAGAUUUGGACUGGCCAUCUCCCAGCUAGUGGAUGUGGACGAGAAGAACCAGUUGAUGACAACCAAUGUGUGGAUGAAACAGGAAUGGUUGGACAUGAAGCUACGCUGGAACACUGAUGACUACCUGGGCAUCACUACCAUCAGAGUCCCAUCGGACUCCAUCUGGAUCCCAGACAUUGUGCUCUAUGACAAUGCCGAUGGACGUUUUGAGGGCUCUGUCACCAAGGCUGUUGUCAAGUAUGAUGGCACCAUCACCUGGACACAGCCCGCUAACUACAAGUCAGCCUGCAUCAUCGAUGUCACCUUCUUCCCCUUUGACCUGCAGAACUGCUCCAUGAAGUUUGGCUCCUGGACCUAUGAUGGCUCACAGGUUGACAUCCUCCUGGAGGACUUCCAUGUGGAUAAGAGGGACUACUUUGACAGUGGCGAAUGGGAUAUAGUGAAAGCAACAGGCAGCCGUGGUCUGAGGAUGGACGGUCCCUGCCACUUCCCCUUCGUCACCUACUCCUUCAUCAUCCGUAGACUGCCGCUCUUCUACACCCUCUUCCUUAUUAUCCCUUGUAUCGGCCUUUCCUUCCUCACCAUCCUGGUCUUCUACCUGCCCUCCAACGGCGGGGAGAAGAUCUCCCUGUGCACCUCUGUGCUGGUGUCCCUCACAGUCUUCCUUCUCGUGAUCGAGGAGAUAAUUCCGUCCUCCUCCAAGGUCAUCCCUCUGAUUGGGGAGUACCUGGUGUUCACCAUGAUCUUUGUCACGCUCUCCAUUGUCAUCACCGUCUUUGCCAUCAACAUCCACCACCGCUCCACGUCCAUGCAUCAAGGCAUGGCGCCCUGGGUGCGUCGUAUCUUCCUGCACAGGCUGCCUAAGCUGCUGUGUAUGCGCAGCCACGUGGACCGCUAUGCUACCCCCGGUGGGGCCUGGGCAGGACUGGCAGGGAGAGAGGGGGCAGGACUGGCAGGGAGAGAGGGGACAGUAGGGGGCAUUAUGAAGUCCACCCCUCAUCUCUCCCCCAUGAAUAACCUGCAGGCUGCUUUGGACUCUAUCCGUUACAUCACCAUGCAUGUGGUCAGGGAGAACGAGGUCAGAGAGGUGGUGCAGGAUUGGAAGUUUGUGGCUCAGGUUCUGGAUCGUGUGUUCCUGUGGACCUUCCUCCUGGUCUCAGUACUGGGCUCUGCUCUGCUCUUCAUCCCUGUCAUCUACAAAUGGGCAAACAUCAUUGUCCCCAACCAUGCAGGCGGCAGCGGAUAAGACUAAACUGAGUCUAUGUACACUGAGCACAACGAAUUCAGAGACACUACAGUCAGUGCAGAGAUGGAGACACUUACUCACAUGUGGGUGUGGGAGAGCAAUGGAUUCUAGUUCCGUCAUGAUUUUGAUUUGUGUAUAUGAAUGAGGGAUUAUUGUCUCUAUGUUGCUGUAUUUGUUUCUAGAUUAAAUUAACAUACAAUUGUU